UUCGCCUGAGCCUCCUCCCCACGGGCCAGCAGACGGCCAGCCCCUGCCCCUGCCCCUGCCAUGUGCCCCCUGCACCCCUGUGCCUAUUUAUUGUACAUCAUUUCUUUUUUGCUGUCACCUUUUGACAGCUGAAUCAGAGAAGUAGGAGGAAGAGAGGAUUGGGAUUGUGCAUGUCGGGGGCCGGGGAGGGAAGGGAGUCAGGAAUGUUACAAGGUAAAAGGAGCCACACAAAGACCAUGACCACAAAGCAGCUGGGCUGUGGGCCAGCAAGAGGCCUUCAAAAGCCAGGCAGAGAUGGGGGGCUGUGGAAGCCUGGACUUGGAAGCCACUCCCCAGGCCCCAGGCAGCAGGUGGUCCAGCAGCAGAGAGGACACCACAGAAGUGGGUCCUGGCGUCCAUCCACCUGUAAGUCUUCUGAAGAUGUGAGUGUUCUGAGAAGAGGCCCAGAGGGGCGGAGGGCCCUGGGCGCCUCCAGACUCUCCUCCAGGUCAGCUCUGCCAUCUGCCCCCUGGGGGCGCUGAGCCAGGCAGGGCAAGGGAGCCGAGCACAGCAAGGGCUCGCGGCCUGCAGAGAGGCUUCUGGCCUGGGCCUGGGCACUUCCUUCGCGUGCAGAACAGGAUUCCUGCCCGCUCCUCCACCACCUCACGUCUGUGCCACAUCUGCUCUGGGAAGAUGUGUCCUGUGCUUGGCCGUGAAUCCCAAGGCUUGAAGCAGCAAGGGCUUCCAAGGAGAGCACUCGGAUGGAAUCAGAGACGCAGAAACAAGUGGCUAAGGCACACAGCAUGGCUGAGUGAGCUGCUCUGGGCCAGCACACACCCCAGCAUGGUCCAGGACUGUGGGGGACGCUCCAGAGAACAGCCGUGGGCCUCUUCUCUGGGGGCAGCCAUGACCCAGCCUGUGCCCACCAAAGCACCAGCCAAGAAGCAUGUACGGCUGCAGGAGAGGCGGGGCUCCAAUGUGGCUCUGAUGCUGGACGUGAGGUCCCUGGGCACCGUGGAACCCAUCUGCUCAGUGAACACACCCCGUGAGGUCACCCUACACUUUCUGCGCACAGCUGGACACCCCCUUACCCGCUGGGCCCUGCAGCACCAACCGCCCAGCCCCAAGCAGCUGGAGGAGGAAUUCUUGAUCCCCUCAAACUUUGUCAGCCCUGAAGACUUGGAUAUCCCUGGCCACGCCUCCAAAGACCGAUACAAGACCAUCUUACCAAACCCCCAGAGCCGUGUCUGUCUUGGCCGGGCACAGAGCCAGGAGGAUGGAGACUACAUCAAUGCCAACUACAUCCGAGGCUACGACGGGCAGGAGAAGGUCUACAUCGCGACCCAGGGCCCCAUGCCCAACACCGUAUCGGACUUCUGGGAGAUGGUGUGGCAGGAAGAUGUGUGUCUCAUCAUCAUGCUCACGCAGCUCCGCGAGAGCAAGGAGAAAUGUGUCCACUACUGGCCCACAGAAGAGGAAACUUAUGGACCCUUCCGGAUCCGCACCCAGGACAUGAAGGAGUGCCCGGAAUACACUGUGCGGCAGCUCAGCGUCCAGCUCCAGGAGAAAUGCCGCUCAGUAAAGCACAUCCUCUUCUCGGCCUGGCCAGACCACCAGACCCCGGAAUCGGCUGGACCCCUGCUGCGACUGGUGGCCGAGGUGGACGAGAGCCCGGAGACAGCCAUCAACUCUGGGCCCAUCGUGGUCCACUGCAGUGCAGGGAUUGGCCGGACCGGCUGCUUUAUUGCCACCCGAAUUGGCUGCCAGCAGCUGAAGGCCCGAGCAGAAGUGGACAUUCUGGGCAUCGUGUGCCAACUGCGGCUGGACAGGUGGGUCCAGAGGGGGGAUGAUCCAAACCACAGAGCAGUACCAGUUCCUGCAUCACACUUUGGCCCUGUACGCAGCGCAGCUGCCCCAGGAGCCCAGCCCCUAACCUCCCCACUGCCAACCUCCCUCCAGGACUGGGGAAGUGGGCCGUGUGACCUGGGGUGCCCCAGCCUGCUCUGGUGAGGGGAAGACAUCUCAGCCAAGGGGAGGAGCCAGGCUCCUGGUCUUGCCCAUGGCCCCCUGGAAGCAUGAGGAGCCUCUGGUGCCUGAAUUUAAAGAAGGGAGCUGUCAGACUGAGAAAGAAGCCCAGAUGCACUGAUCUUCUCCAAGAUCCUCAUCUAUGACAUGGACACAAGUGCUUUGCUGCCACGAGGGAAGCGGCCCAGAAAGCUCCCAGAAGUCAUCCCGGCUCUGUCCCCUCUUCCUCAGCCUCAUCCUCCACCCAGUCCCUGCCCAAAUGUAGGCCAGAGGCAGGAGCUGGGAAAAGUCCAGUCUUGACCUCGGUCAGAUUCUCAACAUCUUAGCAACUGUGCCCCACACAUCUGUGAUUGCUGGAUGAACUCCCCAGAAGAGAAUCAGGACCCAGACUGGCCCUGCUUUCACAGCUGUGAACUGGGAGGAGACCACGGAGUUGACCAGGCCUGGCAGUAGAAAUCUUUAGAAGAGGGAACAUGGGGGAAUCAUUCAGAGGCUGGGAGAGCUGACCCUGCUUCCCUAGUCACCCCAGCCACGCUCUUGGGUCCCACGCUGGGUCCCCACUUUGCUUCCUGAUACCCAGGAAGUGCCAAAGGUAAAGGAGAGGAAAUGAAGAGUUGGUCUGCUUUGAGAAAACCCAUACCUGCCGUAAUCCCAGAAACCUGACUCCUCUCAUCCUUCUUGGCAUCAGCCAAUCCCCAUGGGGCCCCUGAUCUAUCUCAGGGCUGAACUGCACCCCACAGGAAGCUACCCAAGCCCUCAGCCUUCCGUGGCCCCAGACAGGAUGCCUCUGGGGAUGCAGGUAAGGCACCCUUCUCCACAGCCCUCAGCAGGCAUCUGCCUGGACUGGGCUCGGCUCCUGAGGAACCCUUGUCUUGGAGAGUGGCCGAGCUCCCCCUCGGUGACAUCUCAGUGCUGCCACUGAGGUACUUUGCAUGCUUCUGCCUGGCCUUACUGAGGAGCUCCAUCUCUGGGCCCUGGGAGGGCCUCCCUUGCACUCUGCCUGUGGAGGUUCUGUCUACUCCCAAGCUCAGUGGAGGCUCUCAAGUGCCUGGUCCUGCUGAUCAUACUCAGUCUGCAGGGAGGCAGCUGCGUCUCCCUGUGGGCACAGCUCCCCACACUGUCACCCACUGUCCCUGUCCAGAGCCCAAAGGGUACAAGCUCUUGAAAAGUAACCAAGUGGAAAAAAUAAA